CAGUGACAUACCGUCUAAUACAAAGCGCAUUAGUGCGGCCAAGCACCCAUUUAAUACAGGCUCCAAUCAUUUGAUUGUGAUUAUUUUAGGAUGUCCGUCGAAAAAUUGGACGAAUUAUGCGGCACUACGAAGUUCUGGGAUUUGAAUGUCACAUGGUAUACAGAUUAUCCCGAUUUUACACCGUGCUUCCAACAAACAGCUUUGGUAUGGCUGCCGUGCGCCUUUCUCUGGCUGUUUACGCCCUUAGAAAUUUACUAUGUCAAAAGUAGCAUCAAUCGAAAUGUUCCGUAUGGAUUUGCCAAUGUGUGCAAAUUAAUCUUAACGGGAGCAUUGAUCGUUCUAUCAAUCGUCGAUUUGGCCAUAGCUGUUAUCAACAAUGAGAACACAGAUGUGUAUCCAGUGUCAUACUACACACCAGCCAUCAAAAUCGCCACAUUUCUUCUAUCGGCUGUGUUGCUUGAAGCGAACCGUAGAUUUGGUCUGCGAACGUCAGGAUUGCAAUUUUUGUUCUGGUUUUUCUUGUUGAUAUGCGGAAUUCCACAGUUGCGUACUCAAAUCCGUGAACGACACCAUCGUCAAGCUAUCGAUGCUAGCGACCCAUAUUCCGAGUAUUUUUUCACCAGCUACCUGAUAUUCUAUAUAUUCUCAUUGGCCGUUUUUAUAUUGAACUGCUAUGCUGAUCGCGAACCGCGUCAAACCAAAUAUCCGAAAUCGAACAAGCCAUAUCCUGAAUUGGGAGCCAGUUUUCUAUCUCGACUUUCGUACGCUUGGUUCGACGCAUUGGCAUGGAAAGGAUAUCGCAAACCACUUGAACAAAGCGAUUUAUGGGACAUGAAUCCAGAAGAUUCAUCGAAGGAAGUGAUGCCAGUCUUCUUGAAAUACUGGAAUCGAGCUGUUGCCAAGGCUUCCGGUUAUAAUCUCAAAAACGCGUUCACUGGCAAUGCUCAAUACACUAAAACACGAACUUCAGCCAGUGUCACAAUAAAUCCAGAACAAAAGAAGAAACGUAUCGCAUCUAUUUUGCCACCUAUUUGCAAGGCAUUCGGACCAACAUUUAUGUUUGGCGCCAUUUUGAAGUUGACACAAGAUGUUCUAACUUUUGUAUCACCCCAAUUGCUUCGUGCCAUCAUUUCUUUUGUUGACAACUCAGCAGUAAAACAAGUAGAUAGUGCAAAUGGAACUGAAACCGUUACUUAUAUAACAAAUCCAGACCAAGAACCAUUGUGGCGUGGUAUUCUCUAUGCCGUGCUCUUAUUCGUUGUGGCCAGUACACAAACUCUGUUUCUCUCACAAUAUUUUCAACGUAUGUUUUUGGUUGGUUUGCGAAUCCGUACCGCACUCGUUGGAGCAAUCUACAAAAAGGCACUUUGCCUAUCAAACACAUCCCGAAAAGAAUCCACGGUCGGUGAAAUUGUAAACUUGAUGGCUGUCGAUGCGCAACGAUUCAUGGAUCUUACUACUUAUAUCAACAUGCUUUGGUCAGCUCCAUUGCAAAUUGGAUUGGCAGUUUACUUCUUGUGGGACUUGCUUGGACCGUCUGUUUUGGCUGGUUUGGCCGUUAUGAUAAUCUUGAUCCCAGUGAACGGAGUUAUUGCGAAUAAAAUUAAAUCUCUUCAAAUUCGCCAAAUGAAGAACAAAGACGAGCGUGUCAAACUGAUGAAUGAAAUUCUGAGUGGAAUCAAAGUACUUAAACUGUAUGCUUGGGAGCCCAGCUUCGAGGAGCAAGUGCAAAAAAUUCGUGAAAAGGAAAUCAAGGUGUUGAAAGAAGCCGCCUACUUGAAUGCUGGAACAUCGUUUAUUUGGUCUUGUGCUCCGUUCUUGGUUGCCCUAGUGUCCUUUGCUUGUUUCGUUCUUGUUGACGAUAAUAACAUAUUGGAUGCAAAAACGGCUUUCGUUUCUCUAUCUCUUUUCAACAUUUUACGGUUUCCUCUGUCAAUGUUGCCGAUGUUAAUUUCGAAUCUGGUUCAAACUAGUGUUUCUGUGAACCGAAUCAACAAAUUUAUGAACAGCGAAGAAUUGGACCCACAAAAUGUAUCACAUGACCCAUCUGAUGCAGCACCUUUGUCAAUUGAAAAUGGAACAUUCAGUUGGGGCAAUGACGAACCUUGCCUAAAGAAUAUCAAUUUGCAAGUGAAGAAAAGCAAUUUGGUUGCUGUUGUUGGUACCGUCGGAGCAGGAAAAAGUUCGAUCAUUUCCGCAUUCUUGGGUGAAAUGGACCGAUUAUCGGGUCGUGUCAAUACAACCGGAACAAUUGCAUACGUUUCGCAACAGGCUUGGAUUCAGAACGCCACACUUCAAGACAACAUUCUGUUCGGAAAGCCAAUGGAUCGCAAGCGUUACAAUCAAGUCAUUGCUGCUUGCGCAUUGAAACCGGAUCUUGAGAUGCUUCCAGGUGGCGAUGCAACGGAAAUCGGUGAAAAGGGUAUCAAUUUGUCUGGUGGUCAAAAGCAGCGUGUCUCACUCGCACGUGCUGUAUACAACGAUGCCGAUAUUUACCUCUUGGAUGAUCCUCUCAGCGCGGUGGACGCUCAUGUCGGCAAGCAUAUUUUCGAAAAUGUUAUCGGACCAACGGGUGUUUUGGCCACGAAAUCCAGAUUACUCGUGACGCAUGGCAUCACCUAUUUGCCAAAUGUGGAUAAUAUUUAUGUGGUCAAGGAAGGUGAAAUUAGUGAAUCGGGUACAUUGCAAGAGUUGAUGAGCAAAAAGGGUGACUUUGCCGAGUUUUUGAUCCAACAUUUGCAAGAAGUGAACGAAGACGAAGAAGAUUUGGAUUUGAUUAAAGAGCAAAUCGAAUCAACAUUGGUAACGAACCAAGAUACAGAACUACGUGGAAAACUUGAACGAGCAAUAAGUCGAUCGCGAAGUGAAAGUCAUUCGGAAACGGCGUCAUUGAAUGGAUAUGUAUCGGCCGAAAGUACAAUUGAAAAUGAGGAUGGCGUUCGCAGACGAUCAGUCAAACAUGGUUCGAAUAGUAGCUUAAAGGCUGAAAAGCCGGAGGCCGAUGGACAAAAGCUCAUCGAACAAGAGAAGGCCGAAGUUGGAAGUGUUAAAUGGGAUGUAUACAAGCAUUACCUCAAGAGUAUUGGUGUCUCGUUAACUAUUUUAACCAUCAUCUUGAACAUCGUUUACCAAGGAUUUGCUAUUGGAUCGAACAUGUGGCUUGCAAAGUGGUCGAACGAUAAGGCAGCCGCCAAUGAUACCGAUAAACGAAAUCUGUAUUUGGGUGGUUAUGCUGGCUUUGGUUUAGGACAAGUGGUGAGCGUGUUUCUAGCGACAUUAUCAAUGUUCCUUGGAGCAUUGGGAGCGGCUCGUUUCUUGCACAAUGAUUUAUUGUACAAAAUUAUUCGCGCUCCGAUGGCCUUCUUUGACCGUACACCACUCGGACGUAUUAUCAAUCGUUUCAGUCACGAUGUCAGUGAAGUUGAUAAUGAUUUCCCUGCCACAUUGAGAGCAUGGGCAUCAUGCAUUUUUACAAUUUUUUCGUUGUUGAAAAUAGCCAUUUCGACGAUAAUUAUGGAACUUUUGCUACGCUAUGGUUGUUUAUAUGCGGCAUUAUAUCUUCAUAACGGUAUAUUGAACGGUAUUUUACACGCACCACUUACAUAUUUUGAUCAAACGCCCACCGGUCGCAUUUUAUCACGAUUUUCCAAAGACAUUGAAGUUGUUGAUCAAACAUUUCCCGAAUUUUUGACCAUGUCGUCGAUAAUGGCCGAACUAAUGUUACGGUCAGCCGGUUUGUUUGCCGCCAUAAAUCUGCAUAAGUCAUUGUUGUAUGGUAUUUUACAUGCACCAAUCACAUUUUUCGAUCAAACACCAAGUGGUCGAAUUUUAUCACGAUUUUCCAAAGACAUUGACGUUCUCGACAUAACGCUUCCCGAGUCGUUGAAAUGGCUUCUUUACUGUGCAGCCGAGGUUUUGUCAACGUUGGUCGUAAUCAGUGUAUCAACAUACCAAUUUAUGGCCGUUAUUCUGCCAAUUGGUAUCGUUUACUAUUUUGUACAACGAUUCUAUGUGGCCUCAUCACGUCAAUUGAAACGUCUUGAAUCGGUAUCAAGAUCACCAAUCUAUUCUCACUUUGGCGAAUCCAUUCAAGGAGCACCGACCAUUCGGGCGUACAACGUUCAAGAAAGGUUUAUCGCAGAUUCCGAUAAUCGAGUCGAUUUCAAUCAAAAAUGCUACGCUCCAUCGGUGUUCGCGAAUCGUUGGUUGGCUGUUCGUUUGGAAAUGGUUGGUAAUUUAAUCAUUUUGUUUGCCGCUCUGUUUGCUGUCUUGAGUCGCAACUCAAUCGAUCCGGGUAUGGUUGGACUUUCGGUCUCGUACGCAUUGCAAAUCACGCAAACAUUGAACUGGCUGGUGCGUAUGACCAGUGAAGUUGAAACCAACAUUGUUGCCGUUGAACGUAUCAAAGAAUAUGCUGAAACUAAACAAGAAGCAGCAUGGGAAAAUCCAAACGCUGUCGUACCAAAGAACUGGCCAGAAUAUGGUAAAGUACAAUUCAAAAACUUUGAUGUACGUUAUCGAGAGGGACUUGAUCUGGUGCUGCGCAAUGUCUCGUUCACGAUAAGAGAAACCGAGAAAGUUGGAAUUGUCGGACGUACAGGUGCUGGAAAAUCGAGUUUGACGCUGGCGUUGUUCCGUAUCAUCGAAUCGGCGCCGUUGAUUUGGAAACUGACGAUCUCAUUCAAAAAACCAUUCGGAGUGAGUUCAAUGACUGUACAAUUUUAACGAUUGCACAUCGUCUGAAUACAAUUAUCGAUGCCGACAAAAUCAUUGUGUUGGACAAGGGACGUGUAUCUGAAUUCGAUUCACCUCAGGAAUUGCUCGCAAAUAAGAAAUCAGCAUUUUACAGCAUGGCCAAGGAUGCUGGACUCGUGUAAACCUUGGUCGAAGCUACUCAGCAAUUAGCAACAACAAAUCCAGUUAGUGAAACAGACACAUGCAAUUUCAAGAAUGUUCAUCAAGCAGUUAAUCAAUUGUACAUUACAAAUUUAGUUUAAACAAUUUAGGUUAAGCAUAGUCCAAUUAAUUGCAAUCGAAUGUGAAACGAGAUAUUUAUGCGCCUUACUUACUCAAACAAACACAAACAUUUAGAUCUUUGGAUUUUUUCUUCGUUUUUUUUUGUUUGCUAAUUGUCUAAAUUAACACAUUUUUCGGCAAAAUAUUCCGUACUUAGUUUUUUUUAUGAAUCUUAAGGAAUACGAUUUUUUUUGUGUAUUUCGAGAUGUCUUGUUUGAUGUUCACUUAUAUGCAAUCCAUCCCCUUGUUACAGACAGACAAACCUCAGAGAAAUGUAUUUUUAUAUUAUAUCAAUUUACAGAUAGAUUCAUUCAUCACUUUGCAAUUAUAAAUCAUGAAUUUUGUACUUAUACAAGUAGUUAAUGAACGAACAAAUACUUAAUAAAUGCGUUAUUUGAUGUAUUAAAAAGAAGAGAAAAA